AUGGCGGCGCCCUCUGCAGAGCAGCAGAACGGCCAAAGUGAUGAAUCUGAUCUACAAAGCCCCAUAUCGACAAAUGAUGAAGACUCCGAAACAGGAUCGGGGGAUGGAGCACUCCCCGACUACGUUGUCGACUUGAUAGAGAAAGAAAUCGGAGUGGAUCUGAAGUCGCUGAAGAAAGUUAGCGCGCUCCUGGAGAAACUGACAGCGGAAAACAAGUUGCUGGAGGAGCAGGUUCUGACGGUGUCCAGUUCGGUGCCGCUGCGGGUGUCAGCAGCGCUGUCUGCAGCCGAGGAGUCCCGUGUGUCUCUGGAAGGUUUGCUACAGCAGGAGAGGGUCCUGUCCAACACCCUGAUACAGCACCUGCAGGGCGCCCAGCCCUGGGCAGACAGCCUGGGACGGCCCCUGGAACAGCUGGACAACAUAGAGAAACACAUGAAAUACCUGCAGUGUCUGUCACGCAUUGAAGAACUCAGUGACAGCAUCCAGCAGUGUCUGAUGACCAACAGUAUAUGGGAGGCAGUGGUGGCGGUGGGCAGCAUGGCCAGUCUAGAUGUGGGCCUAAAGCAGUCUGGCUGCUCUCAUCUCCAGGCCUUCCUCAGAGAGACACUAUGCUUCUGGCACAAGAUCAUUAAGGACAGACUGGCUGGUGAUUUUGAGGAGUUGCUGAUCCAGCUCCACUGGCCGUUCAUCUCUCCUCCCACCCAGUCUCUCUCCCCCCCUGCCAACGCUCAGGAGCUCCACAGCCAGCUGGAGCUACUGGUGGCCCAGCUCCUGUCUCUACAGACCUCUGAUGAUCUCAUAUCAGAGAAGCCACCCUCUGUGUCCCGUGUAGGGUUGCCCCCGACUACACCCCUGUCUCUUCCUGUCCAGAUCAUGUUGCUUCCUCUGAGCAAGAGGUUUCGAUACCACUUCACUGGAAACCGUCAGACCAACUCACUCAACAAGCCUGAGUGGUUCCUGACCCAGGUCCUGAUGUGGAUGGGUAACAGCUCCAACUUCAUGGAGGAGAAGAUCCAGCCCAUUCUGGACAGAAAUGGAGCUAACGUCAACGCCAAGGUGGAGCUGUGUCGCGGUCUACUCACCCUGGCCCAGGAGAAGCUAGCGUCAGAUGCUCCUCGGCUGCUCUACGACGACGCUCUCUUCUGCCACCUGGUGGAUGAGAUCCUGCAGUUCGAGAGGGAGCUGCGCACCAGCCACUCCUACCCCAGCACCCUGCCCGGAGUGCUGCAUGUACUACUGGAGGAGGUCGUGCUGCAGAAGUGGCUCACUGUGGAGAGGAAGAUGGCGAUAGAGAAGGUGGAUGCCAUGCUGUCUGCUGAGGGGGCUUGGAGCUCCCAGUACAAAGACAUCAGUGACAUGGACGAACUCAAGGCUCCAGACUGCGCUGAGACCUUCAUGACCUUACUGCUGGUCAUCACUGACCGCUACCGUGCCCUCCCCUGCCCUCGUGCCCAGCUGCGUUUCCUGGCGCUACAGAGAGAGCUGGUGGACGACUUCCGUAUCCGCCUCACCCAGGUGAUGAAGGAAGAGUCCCGUAACCCGCUGGGCGCUAGAUACUGUGCUAUUCUCAACGCUGCCAACUACAUCUCCACCGUGCUGGGGGACUGGGGAGACAACGUGUUCUUCCUGCAGCUGCAGCAGUCAGCUGUGGCCCUGGGGGAGGAGGAGCUGUUGGGGCCGCUGGGGGUCACUGAGUCCGGCCGUCUGGCCUCUCUGGAGGGGUCUCUGUUUGAGGGGCUCCUGGGGCUGCUGGAGAGGCUGAGAGGAGACAUGCUGGGCAGGUUACUGGAGGCUGUCAUGAGGGAUGUACAGAAGAAGGCCCAGCCCUACUGCAGGGACAGGUGGCUGUCUCUGCCGUCCCAGUGUGACCAGGCCACCAUGUCCCUGUCCAGUUUAGCCUGUCCUCUGAUGCUCUGUCUCAGGGACCACCUGCUCCAGCUGCAGCAGAUGCUGUGUCUGCCUCUCUUCCAGAUGGGCUGGCAGGACCUGGCUGAGAGGCUGGACCUCUUCCUCUACCAGAAUGUGAUUCUGUAUAACCACUUCAACGAGGGGGGUGCAGCCCAGCUCCAAUUCGACAUGACAAGAAACCUCUUCCCUCUGUUUGGACACUACUGCAAGAGGCCUGAGAACUUCUUCAAACAUGUGAAGGAGGCCUGCGUCAUCCUGUGUCUGAAUGUGGGCUCAGCUCUUCUUCUACGAGACGUCCUGAGGCAGGCUGAGGAGGAACCAGGGACCCCGGAGGGCAAGCAGCCCAGCCCUGUGUCAGCCCUCAACGAGCUGGGGGUCUACCGCCUGGCCCCCUGCGACGUCCUCAUCCUGCUCAACCUCAGGGCCUCCUGGCCGGGAAAGUGAGGGGAGAUAGGAGGAGGAACAGUAGCCUGGUCCCACAUGUGUUUUUGACAACUCCUAUGGUCUUUGUGAUGCCGAUUGGCCAUAGGAGUUGAGCAAGGCAGCACUAACAGAUCUGUGACCAGGCUAGGACGGGCUUCAGCUGGCAAAGAACAACCACUACCAAUGAACUACACGUAUCCCAGAAACCUGGAAUAGACCGCUCUCAUUCCUGAAUACUCCUGUCCUAUCCCGUUUAAUCACAGUUUUGUUUACUUUGCCGAUCCUCUGUCUACAAGCUCAGCACUUGUUCCAUAUCAACUCACCACUCCUGGCCUAGACGCAGGAGAGAGACCUCGACUGGAGACUGAUGGAUGUGUUUACAUCAACUGCUCAUGUAGAUGACAUUAUUUGUCUAUUGACUGACAGCCCAGACUUCUGUCUUCUGGUGGAGGAGAUCUAGUAGUACCACCACGUUACAUGGUGUGGAUGGGUAUUUCAGGAGGUCCCCUUCUCACUUCCUGACAGGGACUGUUGUCUUUAACCAGACGAGAGAUAGGAGACCUUAACACUGCUGUUUUAAGCAGUCCAGUGCAUUUGAUAACAACAACAGCCCUGUCUGUCACAUUAGCUUAUUUAAUGUCAUAUACAUUUGUAAAGAAGUGAGAAAUAAAAACGUUUAAAUCCCGGAAAUGUAAUUUAUGUCAGUAACUGCCUUUUUGACAACAAAUCAUGUACGUUCAUGCUAAUGUAUUUCAGAGUGAAAGAUUCUGAUGAAGUCACUCCAGUGAGAUAAGUGGGCCUCAGCAGCCUGCCUAGGUACAGUAUGCCAUAGAAACAGAAGCAGUGUUGGAGACACUGAGGUAUAAUGAGCGCUAGAGACUGCAUCUAUAUGUCCGACUGUUUAAGGUAAUCUACUGACAUUCAUGACCAGGUUUCAUCCGGUUUAUACGGACCAACAUCACAUGUGCACUAGCACUUAGUGCGCAAAGGAAGUAGCGAUUACGUCAUCUGAAAAAACAGCAGACAUUGGAUGAAUAUUAACAUGUUAAUGGACUUGUUUGAUAUUGCAGGUGACUGCUGACUGACUGAUCUACAAAUCACCUUGCAUCAUAAAUAACGACUCAUUAUUUGUAGGUCAGUCAGUCACAAUUGACCUAUGAUACAUCACGUUUUGAUGCUCUCCAACAGGACAACUGUCUUCAGCUGUGAGCACUGGGGGGAAAUAAUUC